CUGAGAAGCGGUGGCGCGGAAGGGCUGGGUGUGCGGCCCCGCUGCCCGGGGGGAGGGACGGAAGCCUUCGCUGCAGCGUCGCACUUUGCUGAAAGCGGCUGGAAACAAGUGCGAAGUGACAAAACAAGGGAGAGAAAAAAAAGAGAGCUAAUAGCUUCAACCUGUGUACGUAAGUCCUCUACCUAGCUUCUCUCUGAAAUAGCUGAUUAUGUUUUUAUCUCGGAAUGGGUAAGCUUCUGUCACUUUGGUGUCUUUGCAGUGACUUGAAGUGGCUUGGACUUUUUUAAACUAGAAGAUGUGGAGUGGACUAUUACCUUCAGGACUGAAUGAAAGUGAUGUUGACUUAAGUUCUGAUGAGGGAGAUGAAUCGCAUGGUUCUUUUUCAAAGGAAGAUGUGAAAGAAGAUACUGAAAAAGUUCAGCUUUCUGAAUUCCAGGAGAAUGGACCUGAAAGUAAUGCCACCAGUGAACCCCUUUUGCUAUCAGUGACGGAUGGAGAAAAUGAAUCUCAAACAUGCCCUUCUGGAGUUUCUUUAAAUAUGUGGAAUAAAUUUGUGGAGCUUCAGAAGAAAAACCGUGAAAUGAAAAUCCAAGCAAAUCAGGGAAACAAAAGCCAAAAAAGAAAGCGCAGCAGAAAAGAAAAACAGAAAAAGAACAAUGAAGUGACUAAGAGUAGUCAGCAGUUGGUAAGUGAAGAAAAAUGGAAAGAACUAACACAAUACUUUGGAAUCAAUGAUAGAUUUGAAUCGCCUGUGGAUAGCAGGGCUCCACAAAAGUCUGGCCUUGAACUUAGCAUAGAGAAGUCUGUGGCUGAAGGUGACAUUGAUAAGGCUGAGGAGCUGAGUGAUAGAUUAGCCAUUCGUGAGUUUGGUGUGAAAAUUGCCAAAGCUGCUGCUUGCCGCAACUUUGUGAAAGCCAAGCAAGAAGCAGAGGCUGCCCAAGAAGCUCGAAAGAAAAAGAAGCUUGCUUGGGGAUUUGAAGCCAAGAAAAGAUGGGAAACAAAAAGCAACAUGGGAUACAUGUAAUCCAUCCUAUUUUCCUCACGAGUCAAAUAGCUGGUUUUACCUGAAGAAUCUUUGUGGGUGACUUCUUAAACCUAAACACAAAAAAAACCCCAACACAUCAAAUUCAUUGUGUUUCUCUUAAUGCUGUUAGACUGCAGUGUCUUGUUUUGGUGCUCUUACAGUGUAGAAAAAAUACUUUCUAAACAUCAAUGCUAUGUUAAAUAUAGUAUUUUUCUCCAAAAUAUGAAAGUCUAACACAAUGCAUUGUAGAAUACAUUUGGAGUCUGGUAGAGAACUUUCUAAAAUUGGAAUAAAAUACUUGGUCCAACUGUGUUCUGUGCUGCACUGCAGUUAAACGCAUGGGUGUAAGGAGAGGCAUACUUUUUCCUGCUAAGGUUAUACAGACUUAAUGCAGUAAGUACUACUUCUCUGACUGUUUGAAAGGUUGGGGGGGCACUAAAUAAAGAAAAGCAAAACAACCCUACCUGUUUAAAACCAUUAUUAUUUAUGGGCUUCAUAAAUAUAAGCAGAAAAAAAGGGCUGAAAAAGUCCAUCCUCCAUCUCCUACGAGGAUCUGGUACUAUUCAUCAUGUCCUGGUGCCAUGUUCUUCAGAAUAUUUCAAAUUCCUAUUUUCCUUCUCAAGAACCAAAGUUCUGAAAGUCCCAGUUUCUGUGAGCAGAUGAAGUGUAGAAAUACAUAUAUUGAAAUAUAUCUGAAAUAUGUUGUGCAGUUAGCUGCGCCCAAGAAACAAAUGCAGAUUUUACUCCAAGUCAAAUGUUUUAUAGAUCAAUUAGGUUUUGAAUAUUUAUGUUAUAAGAUUAUAACAGGAAUUGAUGAUAAUGUUUCUUCAAAAUUGUUCUUAGUGAAAAGUAAGGACACAUUCAGAACUAAUAACUUUUUUCCCUGAAGCUCUUGCAUAUGUGUUUAGUCACCACAAUGCCUGAAUUGAAUUGGUAAUGUAUAUGUCAGUUAUUGUUAACCAAGAUUAAUAUGUUUCAGGCCAAAGGUAUGGUAUUAGCGUAAUGGUGAUUUAGUGUGUAAGUACUUGAGGCUAAAACAACUUGCCAACAAAUAGCAAUUUGAAGUUUUACGGCACCAACUUAAAGAGUUUAGGUUUGCAGUCCAACAUGGAAUAGUGCAUUUUUGUUCAUUAGCCCUCAGGAUGUUUGAUUCUUUUUCUCUUUUUAGCAGAACAUCGUAUUUCUUUCACAAAGAUGUGAGUUUGCAAUAUGGUAAUCUGCAGUUAGCUGUAAUUAGUUACGAUGACAGAGUUGAAUACAAUUGCCAGGAUUGUAAAUCAGGGGCUAAACAGGUUUCUGCAGUAUAACAUCAUAAAUCUCGCACUAUGGUUUACAAACUACAUUGUCUUUAGAAACUUUGGUGUGGAAGGAAGCAAAUGAUACCUCUUUGAUUAUAAAGGUAAAUUCCAUGUUUACUUGUAUAAACAAACAGGUUACACAAUGAACCUUCAUCAAGAUUUUUCUCAGUUCCAAAUGUGUGUGUCUAAACCUUGCAGGCACUCUGUCCCUAAUUUCUGUUACUUCUUUUUAAGCAGCUGGCAGAUGAGUGUUAGAUACAGUUGGCCUUUCUGCUUGCUAUAUACUGAAAACCAGAAUGAUGCUGAUAAUUUUGUGCUGAAAACAUCAGCAAUGUUCCAUUUAAACAUUUAAAAGUAGUGUAUAUUAAACAGAUACUAUACCUUUUUUUUAAUAGUUGCUCUUAAUGGUGAUAGUAUUUAUUAGUCAAAGAUCUCUGCCUCAUUAUAAGGAUCAGUGCAGUUUGAUACGAAAGAGUGCUUUAAAUGAAAUCCAAACCCUCAAAACCCAGCUAUUGUCUGAGAUCCUGCCAGCCCGCAUUUGUCACACAGUGCGUACCCAGCCACCUGUAAUACUUUUCACUUAAAAUAACCAAUUAGUUUUAUGUUAGGCCAUUAAUAAUGUAACUAUUUAGGAAGUAUGCAGAAUAUUGCAUUGGGUUACUUGUGCAAUGAAUUUUAAAAUGAUCACAUUUCAAGUAUUUUGAUCUACCUAAAGUAUUUGCUUAGAAUAUGUAAAUUCCCAGAAUUAUACUAUGUUCAAAAAAACCCUGAUUAACAGGGAAAAUACAAAAGCCUAAUACAGCUUUAUAGAGAUCAUCUGAAUACCUAAUAAAUAAAUGAAUGCAGAACUGUACCUUUAAUAAACAUCCUCCUAAAUUGCUGACCUGAUUCUAAGAUGUCUUGCAUGUUUGACACUUUUUUGUAAAGUAGUUUUUCUGUGAUGUGAAUUUUGGCCAAACAAGUAAAACUGUGUUUUGAGAUUUAACUUUUCCUGUUUUCUAGCAGUGUUAAAACAAUCCAGAUGCUUGUUUCAGUUAACUGAAACCUUUUUAAUCAGCUUAAACAUAUAAUCUCUUACACUGAACUAAAUUUGAGAUGUAAUAAUUCUUUUAGUAAAUGAAAAGUUUGCACUAUCUCCUUAUCUGACUCAAAUUAAGUAUGUAGAGGAAUGUAUAUUAAUUUCAGUACAAAUUUGGCUUCACAACAGAUACUUACUAGGAUCUCAUCUGAUAUCUUGAGUUGGGCAACAGUUUAAAGGCAGCCUUGCCUAAGCUACUUCCUACCCUUCAGAAGCCUUGAAGAACCUAAAUGCAUGCACUAAUUUUGCCCCCAUUUUUUCUCCACCACAAUUUCGUAUUUCUUCCAGCUGUAACCAUGGUACUCUCUUGGGUAUCCUGAGUAGUCUUAUGUCAUUUGAGGAAAAUUCUUGUAGCUUCCCAAGUGCACUUCUCUGGACUAAACGGAAAAACUAACUUUGAAAAGGGGAAUGUCCUCUCACAAUUACCCAUUGUUCUUGAGCUGCCUGGCCUGAUCAAAGCCAGCUCUACUACAUGCCAAACCUUGCCAGUAAGGCCUCUUAACCAAGUCUUAUUACUCAGGUACUACAAGAGAGUGAGGUGGGUAGUUUGCUUUUGGUUUACCAUAGACUCAGUGGAUGUCAAGUUGAUGGCUCUGUGUGUUGUUCUACUAAGCAGUGUAGACACUCCUGCCGUACGCUUCUCACUCGCGUGGGUAUUGUACUUUUUAAUUUCUCCUCCCAUCUGGGGAUAGUCCAGACCCAUAUUCUUGCAGUUCUAUUGUGUUCUAAGGCCUACACAAUCAAGAAAUAAAUUGUUCAUCAACUCCUGUGAUAAAAUACAGCCAGUUUGAAGUUUGACAACAGCAUACUAAUACAAGUACUAGUAUUUCUUAAUACUGCAUUCCUGAGCUCCUAAACCAAAGAGUGGCUGCAGGGACAGUUUGACAGAUAAAAACAUAUAUAUAGUUGUUAGAGUUUUAAUAGUUUUUUGCCUGCAACCAUAAUCUGUAUUUUUUUUUUAGUUUAAUUCUGUUGGCCAAGUUUCAAAGAUAAAUGUGGUGUGUAAUAAGCCUUUGCAACCUCUAAUUUGUGAAGGAGUGUCCGUCCAGUUAAUACUUGCUCAUUGAAGCAAGGGGUUUUGAAAUAGCUGAAGUACGAACUGUAAUUACUGAUGUCUGUUUCCUAUUCACCUAUGGUUUCUGGCAUUUGAUCAAAAAAUGUAAUGUAUUGCUUAAUCUCAUAGCAUUCCCCACUUGCAAAAAUAUUUACUUCAUGAGAAUUGUACAGUACUAAAUGACCUCAGCAAAACCAGAGUAGAUUUUUAUUUGGUAUUGCUCCACUAACGUGUAUUUUUCCUGUUAUUUUUGAAUGUUAAUAAUUUAGAUAUGCAUGUAUAUAUAAUGUAUGUCUACUGUAAGCUCAAAGCAUUUAAAAAGUAUAAAAUAUAUUAAUAAUAAGGAGGGGGUUUUACUUCACAAGUGGGGUGGCUAAAAAGAAGAAUAAAAAGGUUGAGCAAUUUAUGUGAGGAUAAACUGCAAGCUGGUAGCGAAGUGGUGAAUGGAAUCUGGUUUAUAUGCAGUUUGUCAUAGCUGGAAAUAACAUGGAGAAAGAAGUCCUGAACCGAUGUGAGGCAGGUGCCUAAAUCUCUUUGAAAGCCUUUGGGAAUUGGGUGCCUUUGUUACCAUCUAUCCUACUGAGAGGGUAAAAAAAAUGGGAUAUUGAAUGCAGAUGUUCUAAGCAUCGCAAGAGUAAGUGGAAGCCCUAAUUUCAUUUGAGAAAAGUCGUCAUCUUUCUUGUUGAAAAAUGCCUGCAUUGCUUUGAUCUGCCUCCAGCUGCAUUUAUUAUACCAUCAAAUCUUGUCUUCCUGGUUUCCUUGGGACUGUGUGUUACAGAGUUGAGAGUUUUUCUAUUUCUUUGCUUAGAAUCAGACCUGGAAUAUAACAUUUUCUCCUCCAAAGCAUAUGAGUUGGAUAUUAAGAAACACAAACAGCCAAUUUUGUAUAUAAAAAUGAGCUCUACAGGUUUUGCACAUGAUGGUUCUUAGCAUGCUCAUUCUUUCAUUACGGUCAUAAAUAUGAUGAGCACCGUCUGAGGAAGGAGGAAGCUAUUUGCAGUGAACAGACAGCAUCAUGCCAAGAUGUUGGUUGAGUUCCAAAUCAGAGAGGCAUGUCAGUUACUGAAUCAUCAUCCUAACUUAAAUAGUACAUUCAUUUGUCUUGGAGCUUCCCAGGUAUGCUGACUGUUUAUGACCACAGACUGAAAUGACCAGUUGUAUUUCUGUAUCACAUGUCUCAAUGGCUCAAUGCCUUUCGCAGCUUCUGCUGUAACUGAGUGCAACUCGUGAUGUAAGAGAAAAGAUAGAUCGGGAAAUAAGGCUUUUUACCCAAAUGAGAACCGACUGCUUUCUGACAGCCAAAGAGUGAGUUCAUCCUUUUUGGCAACCUAUCUGAAAUGGCCAAUGCAUUCAUAUACCCCAAACAGCAAACACAGAUACCGAGUGAAGUGUAAUGCUGAAUGCAGUAUCUCAUAGCUAGAUGGUAUUUAUAGUGUUUUAAGGCUUUCUAUGUAGAUAAUUGGUUGCUGACCUUGUAGGAUUUUCCUUAAUAGUGAAAUGCUAGUUGGCCUCUACCAGUAGAGGUGAUCAAUUCCAAACUGGUAGCGCCCUGGAUUUACCAGAACUGCUCAAUGAGACAAUGAAAAAUAAUCUGCAUCUUCUCUAAUGACUGUGAUGAUUCUGUGAAAAAUGAUCUGCAUCUGUGAUGAAAAAAGUCACGUUCUCUUGUGAACUGAAAUGAUUCCCAACAUAACCAGGGACCCUCAGGACUAUUUUUUUUAACAUUGAUUCCUCUUCUGUAAAAUUUAUAAAAAUACUUAGAAUAUAAUUGUGGAAAAGUUAUUUCACGAGCUCCCCAAACUACGCUUUCUGUAAUAGCAUAGGUUUCUAAGAAAGCCCUAAAUAAACCUAGGUGUAAUGCAUUAGUAUAAGCUGUAAACACCCAAAGAAUAUUGGAGGGUUGACGCGUUGCAUGAUUCGGCUUCUAAUUACCAUCAAAGAGUGUAGCGUGGAGCUUUUAUUUUUCCCAGAGUUAAUGAAGAGAGCAUUGAGAGCAGCCUGCUAGCAAGAGCUGUCCUGUUAUCUGCUGAAGGAGUACACAAGCUGCAAAGGGGGAGAGUCAGCCAAAUGGGCAUUUCCAAUUUGAACACUUUUCUCUUUAUAGAAAUAUGUUUAUAAAAUGUCUUCCACUCUCACCAUAGCAGUGCCAAUGGCCUUUCCCAUAGAAAUACAGACAUCACAGAAUAUUCUUUGUUAAGAAUUAUUUCCUUUGCUUCUCUCGCUAUGGUUUUUUUGUUUAUUCUAACAAACAACAUUUUAAAAUAAGCUUUGCUUUAGGUCACUUUCAUUUUUAAAGAACAGCUCGGAGAAGGGAUUUGGGUGCACUUUGUCAAGCAACAGCAUGCUUUUCCAAGCUCUGCGGGGCUGCCGUUUCAUGUUGUACCUUCAGCAGGCUUUUUGAAGAUCUGUGUGUGUCCCAUCUCACACCCUGGAGCAAGCUGCUGGCCAUUGGGGUCAGGACUUCAGGUUACCCAUUUCUGCUGUGUUCCAGUUUCUUCUUCCUAAAGGAAAAAGUGGCUUAUUUUUAAAGCAGUUUUCCUUUCAAUGAUCCAGCUUAGAGUGCGGCUCCACAAACAGUUCCACAAGGUUAAUUGGGGGAGUGACAGAAUGGGGCAGGGAGCAGAAGGGAAGAUGAGGUUCCUACAGAAGAGGAAAGAGGGAGGGAGGGAAUGAACCUCCUACACUGGCGUUAUCUCGGGCUGUGCUGCACUCAAGGGCCCCGUGCUUAGUUUUAGUCUGACAGCAUUCCCAUUGGAAUCAACCUUCAUUGAUUUUGAUAGCUGAUGAUAAUGCUGGGCAUUGUUGUUGCUAAAUAUAAUUAUGGAUUUGAAGCACAGAAUUAUUUGAUGUAAUUAAUUUUCUUUUUUCUGAUUCAUUCAAAAAGCCCAUGCUCUAAGAAUAUACUGCCAGACUCUUUCAUCAUGAAAGUGGCACAAUUUAGCUACAGACUAAUCUCUGGGGAUCAUAUUCUGCUGCCCUGAAUCAGGAGGAGCCUUUACUCCAAAACUGGUUGCACUGGAAUAAAUAAGGGUGACAAAAUUUGCAUGAAAACAAAUUAGACUGGAGAUGUGGACCUGCAUUUGCUAAGGGGUAUGGAUGUUGUCUCCUAUUUCAAUGCUGAGUAGAGAAGAAUGUAUAAACCUUUAAACUCUGAAGGCAACUCUUAGGUGGAGAAAAUGAACCAGGCAUUGCUGUGUUUGGUGCUGCUCAACAUAAUCUAGCACUCAAAUGCUAAUGCUGGUUAACUGCCUUGCAGGUGCCUUGAGCUCUGUUCUUUUACAUUAAUCUUCAUUGGUCCUAGCAUCUGCUUGUUGCCAGGGUUCUGUCAGAUAUUUACAGAUCCUCAAAAUGUGAUUCCUAGUGGAUUUAAUGGGCUUCAUCAAAAGAUCUGGGCCUUCCCUCUGAGGUUUCUGGAAUAUUUGCUUUCUCACACUCUUGAGUAAGGUGAAAUGGAACAGGUUGUGUGGAGGAGUUUUUAACUAAGAGCCAUAAGGGAGCAUUGUCAGAUGCCCAGGUUUCAGACCCUACUUCUUUAAUGCAAGGUGUAUUGGAGCUGGGAAAAAAAGAAACAUCAGGAAAGGAAUUGAGAGCAGAAGAGGCUGGAGGACCAGAGAUGAAGGAAGGCAAAUGGUUGGUGGAAACUUUUCCAGCUCUACUGAUGUCAAUGGUGAGAUAGUUUGUCGAUUAAAAACCAGAUGCUUGGUUUACACAGGUUGAGAGUGCAUGACUUGCUGUUAUUUAGGUACAGGAAGAUGCUAAACAAUUCAUUCAAGGCCUCCUGGAUGUUGUUUAUAUUUCAGCAUGUGAGCUCUGUAAAAUUCAACACAACUGCUGCUGUAACAACAAAAAAGACCUUCCCAGAAAUGUUUUUUGUACUGUUCAGUGAGAGCUUGAUCACAGCUGGCAUGUCGCUUUCAUUACCCUCACACAAGAACCAGCUGCCUGCUACCGGAGGUGUACCAGUCACCAUCGCUAAGGCUGCUGGUAAGAGGUGCAGUAACCAGCAAAUAGCCCACGUACAACACAUUUUUGGUGCCAGUUGGGAAUGCGCACACCUUCAUCGGCAGAGUUCCAUAGUUCAGGAGGAAGUUCAUGGAUUAUACAAAUUGAUCAACUCAUCAGUUAGUGUAAUCUAGUGAGAAUGUUCCUGUAAUCCUGAAUGUCUUCUGAAAGUGUCUCCCCAUGGUCAUGCGAUGUAGAAAAUAUAGCUAUAGCGUAACCUCUGCUUGUCAUAUCUGAGCUCCCUCUGGUGUGGACAGAAUGUGUACUGCUUGCACAGAUGUGAAUAAAAUACUACUUGAGUAGCAAUUUUACUCUCGUUGCCCCUUAAGUCAAA